UCAGAAAAAUUCUUUCGUGUUGGUGCAAGGAUCGAAACGAAAACGUCAACAUGGCUAUGGAAUGGAUAACGGCUAUGGACAAAAGACCUUGUGACCGUAAUCUGCGCGAUGUUGAAUUGAUAUCCUGUCGUCUGCGGCGUGUGGAGCCAUUGUGUCGUUUGCCCGGUUCUGCAUUGCAGCAAUUGGCUAUGUGCGGUUUCUACGAAGAUCUAGAAAAAGGAGUAACACUUUUUCGUGCCGGUGAACAAGGUCGUUUUUGGUACGCUGUCUUAGGUGGGUCACUCGAAGUGCGCUAUCAUGCCAGUGAUGCCAACGAAGGAAAGGUAAGUACUUAAAAUUCUAAAUAGUUUG